AUGGAAAGGAGACGACCUGGUUCGAUUUCUAAUAGGAAACGAAUCUCAGCACAAUUUGGUCGUUCAUAUGGUAACUCCACUAUUAAGAAAAGAUCAAAAGAUCAUAACAAGAAUAAAUUGAAUGAAAGUGACGAAUUCAAACUCUUGUGUAAACUUUUCGUUCCUAGAAAUCAAAAUUUAUUGAAAAGAGUAUCAUCUAAACAAUUAAUGGAACAUUUACCAGUUCUAAUACCAGAUUAUCCACUUUCAAAUUAUGAAUUACAUAUUUUCAUUGCAUUAAUAUUAAAUAAGUUUGUUAUAUCAUGGUAUAUUAACAAGUUAAAUAUUGAUAAUAUGGAAUUUAUUAAUGAAAUAUAUUCGAAUAUGUGCUUUAUAAUCAAGGAAAUCGUUAGAAGAUCUGGCGACUUGGAUGUAAUUGAUAUUAUAAAUCAACUUGUACAUCAAUUUAAUGGACAUUUGAAAGAUUUUGAGAUAUUGGAAUCAAGACAAGAAGAAUUUGAUCAAGAAGUACAAGAACAAGAAAAAGAAAAAGAGCAAGAACAAGAACUUCCAAAUUCUAUUGAUAAAAUUAUUAUUAACUCGUAUACUGUAUCUAAACAUAUAAUGUUUCAAGAUGGGGAUUUGAUAUAUUACCGAAUACUCUGUAAAAAUAUAUUGAAUUGUUUAUUUGAUGGUUCUAAAAACAAUCCAAUUAGUUCCCCCAUUGUUGAAGGAUUACUAAUUUCAAUUUUAUCUGAUUUGAUUCUAUAUAAAAUUGUUAAUAAAGUAUCAGACCCUGAAUUUAUAUUGAAUCGAAUUAAUUUACUAUUAUGCAAAUUAAAAGAAAGGAAGAAUAACAAGAAUAAUGGAAACAAGGAUAAACAAAGUCUGAUUUUAAAGAAAAUUCCAAUAAUAUAUAAUGAAACUGUUGGAUUUAUACUGAAUAUUUUAAUGAAAAGUGAUAAUACCAAAUCACUUAAAUAUUCAAAUUAUUUAAUAUAUGAUAGUCCAAUCUUCAAAUUAUUUGACAUAAUUACAAACUUCUCAAACAGGAAACCUCUACUUGUUGGAGCUUUACUAUCAUUGAAGUCAUACGUUCAUGGAUGGAAGGAUACUAUUGAAUAUUUAGUUAGAGAUAAAAUUCAACAAUAUUUGAAAUCUCUGGAAAUUAAUCUGGAUAAGAACAUUUCAUCUGUUGUUGAAAGUAUAAGAAUUGGAUUAUUUGAAGAUGAUAAGGAACAACAAAUGGAAGACAAUGAAAGAGCAAAGGAGAAUGGAAUUAAAGAAAAUGAGAAUAUGAAUGAACAUGAGAAACUUCAACAAAUUAUGAAUAAUAUUAAGUUGAAUUCAGUAUCAUUCCAUAUAAACCAGUCAAGUAUAAAAACCUUUUCAUACCAUGAUUUAAACAAACUUUUGACCAUAAAGUCAAUUGACAUUCUUAUUAAAGAAUUGUUCCCAGAGCUUACAGGGUGA